AUGUUCGAUGACUCGGACGGUGCGUCAUCUGAAGAUGAUAACUUCAGCACAUACGGUGAGUCUCCUAUCGAAGAAGACGAAGAUUCACCAACGCUACCUUCCAAGAAGAGAUAUCAGAACUUCUUGAUGAGCGAAUCUAAAGGGAAUCUGGAGGUUUUGAAGUUGGAGAUGUCGUCGUUAGACCUUGCGGUAGGACAACGAUACUUGACUAAAAAGCAUUUGAAGAGACGACUGAAACUUUUUACAGUGAGGCAUCAAUUUGAUUUUGAUGUAGAAAUAUCAAACCUGACAACAUACGUUGUUAAGUGUUGGUUGAUGGAUGUACAUGGAGAGUUCGUGCAUCUACCGAAGGAUUGUCCCCGCAGAGAGUUGUACAAGAACUUUCUCGGCGACGUUGGUCCGGCCGUUCGCCCUGAGAGUGUCGGAAUAGCUAUCACUAAGCAGUUUGGUGUAAAGAUGGAAUAUUGGAAAUCACACCGGACGCUUAAAUGUGCAAGGGAAAUCGAUGAGGGCACACCUGAGUGUGGUUUUGAACUCUUGCCUUCUUACUUAUACAUGAUAAGAAGGGCAAAUCCGAAUACAGUUACGCGUCUUCAAAUCGAUGAGCUUGGAAGAUUCAUGUAUGUGUUUCUUGCGUUUGGUGCGAGCGUUAAUGGGUUUCCUUUCAUGCGCAAAGUUGUUGUCGUCGACGGUACGUUUCUUAAUGGUAAAUAUAAAGGGACGCUACUCACAGCACUAGCUCAGGAUGGUAACUUUCAGAUUUUUCCAAUAGCCUUCGCAGUGGUUGACACUGAAAAUGAUGAUUCGUGGAAUUGGUUUUUUACGCAACUAAAAGUGUUGAUUCCUGACCAGGAGGGUCUUGCGAUAAUAUCAGAUAGGCAUAACUCGAUAGGGAAAGCAAUUACAAAUGUGUAUCCGUUAGCUGCUCGUGGAAUAUGCACCUAUCAUUUGUAUAAAAACAUAUUGGGACGGUACAAAGGAAAAGAUGUAUUUCGGCUGGUGAAGAAAGCGGCGAGAUGUUUUAGAAUGUCUGACUUUGAUAUGAUUUUCGAGGAGAUUGAAGCACUUAAUCCUGAUCUCCACGGCUACCUCGAAAGAGCUGAUGUCAGACUGUGGACACGUGUUUAUUUCCCGGGCGAGAGGUACAAUUUGAUGACUACGAACAUAGCGGAAUCAAUGAACAGAGCAUUAUCGCAUGCUAGAGGUCUUAACAUUGUUCGAAUAUUGGAAUCGAUACGGGUUAUGAUGACCAGAUGGUUUGCUGAACGAAGAGUGGAUGCCAGAUCGCAGUCAACCACACUCACGCGCGGUGUGGAGAAACUAUUACAAGGACGUGUAAGUGCCUCCCGGGAUUGGACGGUUCAAAGGAUUGAUGACCAUCACACUGAAGUUAAAUAUGGCGCUGCUGGCGAGUCUUUGAAUGUUGUUAAUUUGGUUGAGCGAAAUCCUUACUAUAAAAGCACUUAUUUAGCUAGCGCAUACGCUGAAUCGGUCAUGCCGGUUGACUCAGCGCUACCUGUUCCAGAUAACGUGGCUAACGUACAGUGCUUUCCACCGUUUAUUCGUCAACAACCGGGAAGACCUAAAAAAAAUAGGAUGAAAUCUGCUUUAGAAGUUGCACUUGCAAACAAACGUCCUAGGAAAGAGCACAUAUGUUCUCGUUGCAGUCAAAGUGGACAUAAUGCGAGAACUUGUCCGAUAUAA